AUGGUCGGUGUUACGAAGCUUAAAGACAAACAGUCCAUCUAUUUUGGACAUCCUUUCCAUUUCUGGAAGGAACGACAACGCUUGGAAAUGAAGACGACUGUUGACGUGGAAGAAAUGAAGAAACUGACCGACGUCGUGGACUAUGAUCUCGUGCAUUUGCAAAAAAGAGAAAAGUUGAAAGAACUGCUUGAAUCCGAAGAAGAGGCGUUGAUACAGGAACUGGUGACGAAGCAGGAGAUGGAGGAAUGCGGAUACUGUAAGGAAAAAGAGAAGAAGCAUAAAGGUUACCUAGAAGAGAUUGAAAAAGAGAAAAUAAGAGAAUGUCAGAAGGCUUUGGAGAGGGAGAAAAUAGCAAAAGGUACAAAAGUGGAUGUGAAAUGUCUCAAGCAACAACAGUUGAUGCAAGUCGAAGAGAAGAGGUGCAUCGAGAGGCAAGAACAACAUGUAGAUAUGAUGUGGCAUCAAGUCCUCAUGGAUGAUUGCAAUAGGAAGGAGCAUUUAGAAAGAUUAGCAGCUCAAAAGAGGCAGCAAGAGACAAUUGAAAGGCGAAGAUGUUACGACGAACAAAUAGCGAGCGCGAACAAGAAGAGACAAGAACUGAUACGACAGGAGAGGGAGAAGGAAAAUAGAAAGUUUGAGAAAAUCAAGAAGAAAAUGGAACAAGAUCACUAUGAAGCAAUCAAGAAGAAGAAGGAACAACAAGAGACGAACAGAAAGAACUUCAUAGAAGGACAUGAGCAGAAACUGAUGCGAAUCAGAAGCGAAAAGAUGAGAGCCAGGGAGAUAGAUAAUGGAACUAUACGAGUGGCACUGGAAGAACUGCGGAAAGAACGGGAGAGGAAUAUGAUACAAAUGAAAAACCUGCAAAUAGAAAAGCAGAUUUGCAUCAAAAACUACAACUGUGCUAGACGAAUGGCGUCCGCUAUGGAACAGGAGGCAGAGAUGAUAGCGGACGAAUGGCAGCGGCAGGCGCAGGAAAAGGCAGAUGAACAUAUGAGGCAGGUCGAACAAGAACAACGAUUAUGCAAAGAGAAAGCAGCGGAGGAAUACAGACGUCACGUUCAAGCUCGAAAUCGGGCGUUAGAGGAAGCAAAGCAUGAGAGGAGCCAGCGAAUGGAGCGGGUGACGAGGACGGCACUGACUGAGCUGCAGCAGAAGAUAGACAGCGCCAACCAGGAGUUGCGGAGACAAGCCGAGUAUAGAAACAGUUUGAGCUGCCAGAUCAGAGAAAAUGAGAAACACUUGGAAUCCGAAUUAAUAAACAUAGAAAAGAAGGACAGACCUCACACCAAAAAGGCUGCAAUGUUCAUGGAUGUCAUGUCAACGAGAUAUGCAAGCUCUCCGGCGAGAACUAGUUGGCCUUGGACCCUUGGUUCAGCCAAGGCCAAGCAGAAAAUGUACCUGAUUCAGUUGAUCAAUGCCAAGAGGUUUAGCAGUGAGGAAGCCGUAGAGCUUCUUGUAAAGCAAGUGCGUCAGGAACGCCAGCACUGUUCAUUGUUACGAAGGAAAUCUGCUAAAAGUCGCCAAAAGAAGAAUGCACAGCAAAGUCCAGAGAUAUCUUCGACAAGCAAUGGACAGUCACCUCCUAUUACUCGGACACCGAAACGUGUCAGUCACAUCCUCAUUCGGUACAGUCCAGAAGUCCAUUCGCCAAACAAAUAUCCUCGUUCUCUACAAAAAAGCAUCUCUAUAACGAGCAGUGAUCGAGUGCUUCGGAGCUUCAACCGGGUUAAAAAACCAAGUUACCUACUCAAUGAGAAUUUAAUGAGUAUGCUUAACAGUCCAGAAGAGAGAAACGAAAGAGUUAGUGAUACCAAUAAGGUAGAAAAGUGCAGAAUUGUGAAGAGAGUAUUUGCUAAAAAGAUUUUUGAUGGCCGCCAUUGUUUUAAAGGUGGAGAGUUAGUGCCAUUGCACAGAGAUGCGGCCACAUCACCACCACCUACAAGAAGAAAGCAAAGACUAAGUGGUGUCUACCCCCUCCAGCCUGAAGAUGUGAAACUGCCCACUGUAACAGUGAGACGAGCAGAUGGCAGCAUCUCUAAACUCAAAGCCAUCAUACAGAAACCACUACAACAAAUCCCUGACGUACCCAUCAACCGAAAAGAACCCUUACAAAUAACAGAGAGACCGCACAUAGAACCGAAUGUGUCUGAAAUAUCACAAAAUCUAAGCCAAAGAACAUCAAAUGCGAACUCAAGCACCCCAAAUUACAAUAAUCAAGUUUCAAACUGGUCUAGUAUGGGAUAUAAGACCACUAUGUCAGAGAUUCCUUGCAAUAUGAGCUACGUUACUCAAAAUAUGGCAGUGAAUUCAUUCAAUUACAACUAUCAAGCACCAACAAACGCUUCAGAUAAUGUACCACAGAACUAUACAAGACAUAGUAACAGUUCCGAAGACACAAUAUCAGUUGGUUACCGGGAGAAUCAGUCUGAUGAGUACGGGGUGUAUUAUCAUAAGAAGAUCAGAGCCGAACAGGUUCGGUCUUUGCGGAGCAGAGAGAUGGCUCGAAGUACUGAGAUGGAGUGUGAACUGCCAAGGAUCAGUGAAGUGUUUAGUAAAUUCAAUAGUGUUUAUUGUAGAGAUGUAACGCAACCGUUGUAUGUGCAAGUUGAUAAUGAACCAGCGAUUGCUCCGCCGAUUCAGUCCUACAUACCGGAUCCUCGCGUCCAAUACCAAGCAAAUACUCCAACCUUAGAGAAGUUCUACAACUUUAAAACUACGAACCAGUCUUUAUUGCAAACAUCGUCGUGUAACAAUACACGAACAGUUUACUGCACUCCCGUCAUUUCUACCGCGCUCUUGUCACCAUCAGCUCCCUAUGUUGCAGCCCCGCAGCGGGAUAGUCAGGGUCUGUACACGAACAACGAGGAGAUGACGCGCGUUCACGAUUUCUUCAGGAGUUUCCAUUGUGACGAUGAUACUGUCCAUGAUAGUCAAACUCUAGCGCACACAGCGGACUUUCAUCGCUCGCCGUCGUCCGUAGCGACGCUGACGUCACAGGAGCAGGACCCCGCCGCUAACAUCACUAUACCGGAGAUGGUGGAAGAUGCAUUCGAGAUCAUCAGCCAGGAUGGGGACUAUAUGGAACGGAUGGGAAUGGACAUACGGAUGCAGUGCAUCCUCUGCAGCUGGGCAGGACCCAAAAUCAUUCUCGAGUACCAUAUACGAAAGGAGCACGCCAGUCAGAUAGUAGAAUGCUUGGGCAGUGAAUGCGUGGCGCGGUACAGCCUGGGCGUACUGGCCGCGCGGCGUCGCUGUCUCACACACGUCUUGCAGCUCAAGGGGGACCUCUACCUACUGUCCGCGGAGUACAGGGACCCAGAUGACUUCAUAGCCUCGCUCUCUACAUUGUCCUACGAGCCGGACGCUCCAAAGACCGGCAGCAUGACGAUAUACAACAAGUUUAUUGUAUUAAUAAUGGAGCCGCCGCCCGCAGCGCCGCGAGAGCCACCUCCUAAGGACGGGAUAGGUCCAAGAGGAUUACCAGAGACAUACCAUACGGCUCGCGUCCUAGAUUCGACUGCCCGGUACGAGAAAUUUGUAAGAAAGCUCCGAAACUUGGAGGAGGAGCAAAGACGUGGUGCCAUCAACACUCUGAAGGAUUUGAAGGACACACAGUACAACGAUUUUUUUAUCAGAUGUGAUCGAAGAUCGCUAAUAAACAACGUGGCUCGAAGAGUUGAUCUCUGCAUGGCGUCGUAUCAAGAAGAUCUGAAAGCUAAGCGACAGAGAUUGACAGCUCUAUUAACAGCAGAAGAGGAAAAGAAUAUCCGUUUGUUCGUCGAACAAGCGCAGGCGGGUGCCGAGGCGGUUUGGCAAGAGAAGAAAGAUCGCCUCGCGUACUUACUCGCCAAGCGGAAGAAGGAACAUGAAGAUAAAUACAGAGAUGUACCGAUAUCAAAGUGCGUGCACGUACAACCGUGUUUGGUAAAGAUGCGUUCGAAGGAGUCUCAGGAAGGGCAGUUGUACCAGAUGAAGGAGAACUUGGCUAAGAAGAUGUCGGAGAUUGAGAUAGAGAAGAUGUGGCAUGCAGUCGCACUCAAAGAGGAUGACGCUUUGACAGCUCGAAUGGAAGUGGAUGCCAUGGAGCGUUUGCGCCGAGAACAAGAAUGUGCUAAAUACAGCAAGGACCUGAUCGCCCGAAGGAAGGAACAGAAACGCAAGGAGCAGGAGUUGCUGAAGGAGGAAUCUAAGAAGUUGAAGGAACUGUUUGAGGAGUAUAAGAGGAAGGAGGAAGCUGAUGAACGCGAGAGACAACAGAAGAGAAUACAAGCAGGCGAAGAACGUAAGGCGGCUAUCAGGGAACGGCAGGAGACUCUGGAGAAGCAACAAGCGGAGGCCAAGCUCAUCAACGACACGUGGGACUCGCUGUCUUCCAUGGGACUCAUGGACGAGAAAAAUAAGGAGGAUCUGAGGAAGAAGAAAGCGAGAGAAUUAAACGUCUGCAACAAGCAUAUAGUUCAAUUGAAAGAGGAGAAGGCGCGCAUUAUGGGGGCGGACGACCCGCUCUUUGAAGCCGAGGCGCGCAAGAUACAGGACGCCAUGGAUCAAAAGCGGUGCCAAGAAAUGAUGCGAGCUAAGAAGAUUAACGAUGAAGCCCGAGCCGGCGUUAAAGAACAAAUAAAAGAGAAUGCAGCUGCUCGAGCCAAAGAGACGGAGGCCCACCGCGAGGUGGUGCAGUACCAGCGCCAGCUGGGCGCGCAGCUCGACCAGCUCGUGCGGCACCGCGACCUCACCGAGGCACAGGCGCGCAAGCUGUUCCAAGCUCAACUACUGCAGCAGAUUCAGUAUAAUAAGCUUAUCAAGGAGCGUCAAAAACAGGAGGAUUUAGACCAAAGGAAUAAAUGCAUGAUGGCUGCAGAAGACUAUCAAAAUGAGAUCACCAAGAUCAUGUGUCGGUGA